AUGAGCCGCCGCACCUCCCGCCGGCCGCGCUUCGGCUCGGUCAGCCACAUGCACGAGGCGGGCGGCGGCGCGGGCAGCGUGCGCGAGGACAUCCAGGCGCUCGACUACGACAUCGACGAGUCGACGCUCUUCCACCAGGAGCUACUGCGGCAGCCGCUCGAGUACCGGCGGCGGCUCAACCUGUACCGGUGGCUCAUCUGCGGCGCCGUCGGCUGCGGCACCGGCGUCCUCGCCUUUGCCAUCGACUGCAUCUGCGAGCAGCUCUUCGACGUCAAGUUCUCGGUCGCGGCGCACGCGAUGACGCUCGCGCUGAGGGGCUCGGGGAGCUCGGCGGCCGCGUGGGUGGCCGGGCUGGCGACGAUGAGCGCGAUCAACCUGCUCUUCGUCUCGGUCGCCGUCGGCCUCGUCGUCUGCGUCUCUCCCGUCGCGGGCGGCUCCGGCAUCCCGGAGGUCAAGGCGUACCUUCAGGGCGUCAAGGUGCCGCGGAUGCUGCGCUUCGACGCGCUGCUCGCAAAGUCGGUGGGCGUGCUGUGCGCGGUGGCGAGCGGGCUCGUCGUCGGCAAGGAGGGCCCGAUGAUCCACAUCGGCGCCAUCAUCGCCGCCGGAGUCUCGCAGGGGUCCUCAAAGAGCCUCAACGUGCGCACGAUGUGGCUCAAGUCCUUCCGCAACGACCACGACAAGCGCGACUUCGUCUCGGCCGGAGCCGCCGCCGGCGUCGCAGCCGCGUUCGGCGCUCCAAACAGAGGGGCGGAGGCACGAGCACGGCUCAUCCACACCAUCUGUGCAUGCGUUUGGCGAACCUUCUUCUGCGCGCUCUGCUCGACCUUCACGCUCAACAUCCUCCUCUCCUCGCGCCGGACGGACCACUUCGGCGCCCUCUCCCACCCCGGCCUCAUCACCUUCGGCGCCCCGCCUCCGCUCCAAAGCAGCGCCUUCCUCCCCUCCGACUCGGACUGGGACCUGCGCGAGCUGCCCAUCUUCGUCGGCCUCGGCGUCGCGGGCGGGCUGGUGCUCGCCGUGACGCUGCUCACGACAUUCUUCGCCUUCUCGUUGCCGCUGCUGCUGCCGUGCGCCGACCACUUUGCGACGCGAAACAGCACUUCGCAUAGCGAGGCGCCGCACAUCAGGCUCAAGCGCUACCCGAUGCUGCCCGAGGAGCCGCCGCACGAGCGCGAGCGGCUGCAGGCCAAGCACGUGAUGGCCACCUCCAUCAAGUCCGUGUGCGACGUCGAGCGGGUGGGCAAGAUCAUCGACCUCCUCAACACCACCACGCACCACGGCUUCCCCGUCAUCGCCUCCUCGCAGCUCCAGCGCGCCCGCCCGGCCGACGGCAACCAAGGCACGCCCUUCCAGCGCAAGCCGCGCGUGCUCGGCAUCGUGCUGCGCGAGCAGCUCGUCACCAUCCUCGCCAAGCUCAAGGCGCACAACUGGGGCGCCCCCUCGCCCGGCCCCGACCCGCACGCCCUCGCCGCCGACGACUUCCUGCGGCCGUGGUUCAACGAGGCCGUCUCUGCCGACUCGGUCCGCAUGUCUGCCGACGAGCUCGAGCGGCGGAUCGACCUGCGGCCGUACAUCAACGAGGCGGCCGUCGUCACGGCGCAGAACUCGUCGCUCCGCCGCGUGUCGGCGCUCUUCCGCUCGCUCGGCUUGCGCCACCUGCUCGUGGUGGAGAGCUGCCCCACAAUCGUGGGCGUCGUCACGCGCAAGGACCUGCUCAUGGGCGGCGAGGAGUUCCUGCUGCCGGGCGGCGACUGCUGGCGCGACGACGAGGCGGAGGAGGACGUGCCCGCCCUCCACCGCGCGCCCGCCUCGUCGCCCGCGCGCCUGUGGCACUCGGCCUUGAGCCGCAUCACCAGCUCGAGGCGCAGCACGCAGCCGCGCGGGACGAGGCUCGCCAACGCGGCGCUCGACGCGAGGCUGGACGAGCGAGUGGCCGACGAGGCGGGGCUCCAGCCGCUCAGCGCGAGCGCCUUGCGCCCCAUCGCCAGCUCGGGAAGCAGCGAGGGCAGCGGGCGGGCGGGCGGAGGGAGCGACGGGAACGGGGGCGUCGCUGCACCGCCGAGCGAAUAGCUCCCCUCUACUAGUUACACUCGAGAGUUUGCUGGUUCCAGGAGCACUACUAGCCGUACAGUUGCGGGAGUCUACAAUUGCGCAGGAGAUUUAUGUAUGUAGCAUAUGCUCUGAGGUCACAGUAUGGGUUCGGCACCUGUUCACAGCAGUGUGAAGGUAUGGGAUGAGAAAAAGAAACUCCGGAGUACCAGU